AUGUCACAAUUGCUAGCCCAAAAACGUCUAAGGCUUGGUGACGACGAAGAGGACUCCGAGAACUCUGAUGAAGAUUCGGAUCUGGAGGAACCGUCACAGAAGGCGGGAUACAUCAGAAAACUCACAUUGAAAAACUUCAUGUGCCACGAUCACUUCGAGUUGAGCUUUGGUGCGCAAAUGAAUUUUAUCAUCGGUCGAAACGGUUCAGGAAAAAGUGCUAUUUUGACUGGUAUAUCCGUUGGGCUUGGUGCAAAAGCCACGGAUACUAGCAGAGGAUCAUCCAUUAAGAGCUUUAUUAAGGAUGGCAAAUCUACAGCCCGAAUCAUUGUGGAAAUCGAUAACGAUGGCUACGAUUGCUUCGAAAAAGAAACUUACGGUAAGGUUAUAAUUGUGGAAAGGAAGCUAACAAGAGAAGGUGCAAACUCAUAUUCGAUUAAAAGCGAGAAUGGAUCAUUGGUCUCCAGCAAAAAGAAAACCUUGGAUGAUAUUCUACAGAAGUUUUUCAUUGUGGUAAACAACCCACUCUCCUUCCUUUCACAAGAUAAAGCUCGUGAGUUUAUUGCAAGCAGCACCGAACAAUCUCGCUUCAACUACUUUAGCGAAGGUACAAACAUCCAAUCGAUUCUACAGAAUUACCAGGAAGCUUCUCGGAAUAUUCUAAGUCUUCAAAAAAGAUCGGUUGCUGCGAAGGAUUACUUCAAUGAGGCAGCACAACGAUAUUCAGAGUGUGAGAGGGCAUAUCGAAAGUAUAAGCACUCACAUACAUUGCGCCAGCAGCUUGAGAAAAUCAACGGUAAGAUUUACUGGUUCAAUGUCGAAGUACUUGAGAGGAGAAUUAAGAAGAAAGACAAUGAAAUCGAAGCUAAACGAAGCGAGCUUCAGGAGAUCGACAACAAAAAGGCAAUGAAUGAUCAGAACAUUACACUCAAUGAUGAAGAACGAGAUAGUCUUCAAAACGAGAAGACUAUUCUAAACGAAAAGUUAGUAUCGCAUGAAGAGGCUGUGGCACAUUCUGAAAAUGCUCAUACGGAGGCAACUAGACAAGUCCAAUCAUACAGAUCAGACUUGAUGAACUACAAAACCGAGAUUGAGGAUUUCUCCAAGCAAAUCGAGAAGCAUAAGAAAGAAAUGGUCAUGGAACAAAAGAAGAUCGAUGAAGCAAAUGGUGGAUCAAAGGAAAAGAUGGGCGAGAGGUUGGAAGCCUUAAGAAAACGACAAGAGGUGUUGAUUAAGGAGAGAGACCAACUUCAAAGUCGCCUCCGAGGAAUGGAGGGUACUUCACCUGAUAUGGAGAACCUUCGCAAGGAACUUGAAGAAUAUAAGCAGUCCAAAACUGUCUUGCUUGAGAAGAAACGUAGCAUUGAGAAGAACAAGAAUGAUAAAUACGCUGCUUUCGGCCACAACAUCAAUUUUCUCAUGAGAGAUAUCGAAAAGGAAAAGAACUGGCACGCAAAGCCAAUCGGACCUGUUGGAUGCUUUGUUAGUGUUAAAGAAGAAUUCUCACAGUGGGGAGACUUGAUUAAUGCCACACUUCAGAAGACUUUGGAUUCCUUUGUGGUUUGUGACGAGCACGACAGGCGCAUAUUGAGUCAGUAUAUGAGAUCAAAGAAGAUCUUCAAGACUAUCAUCGUGAGAAAGUUUGAGAAGUUUAACUUCAACUCUCAGGCUCCCCAUGGGUACAAUACAAUUCUCGAUACGCUCAAUAUCCAAGACGAAAACGUAAAGUUUACUCUUAUUGACUCUAGUGGAGUUGAAGAGAUGAUAAUCUGUGACAACAUCCGUGAUGCAGAAGAAGUUACGCGGCGUCCGAAUGUGAAACAUACCUUCUGCCUCAACGACAGAAAAUCAGGUAUCCGGAUUACUAGACCCGGUGGCCAAUUGGCCAGAGAUCCGAUUUUUUAUUCUCGUGAUCUCCGGAAGCUUGCUGGAAAAGUUGAUGGAAAUGAAAUUGAAAACGAAUUGAAAGAGGCUGAGGCUGAGGAAGAAAGACUCGAAAAACGGAGACACAACUUACGAGCAAAGGAAUACGAAGAGAAAAAAACAGUGCAAGGAGAGUUAGAGGAAAAGAAAGACUUUUUAAAGAAGGUCAAUAAUCAGAUAUUCACUGCGGAGCAGAUUCUUCAGGACGAAGGUGACUAUGGCCGUAUCGAGAGUUUGAAGUCUCAAAUCGAAAAUUGUGAGAACCAAAUCAAAACAAGAGAAGGCAUGUCGCUAGAGCUUCUCCAGAAUUUAAAUCAGUCCAAGGUGGAGCUAUCAUCGUUGAAGCAGAGAUUACAAGAAGCAAAAGCUCAAAAGGAAGAUAUCACAGAUCAGGUAUCUUCGCUCGAAGAGAAAGUUUCUCAAUGUCAAGAAACUAGUCAACUUCUUGCUGCAGAAAACGAUGGGCUCGAGAAGCGAAAGGCAGAAAUUGAUUUUGAGAUUGAAACUAAAAUCGAGAGGAAAAACUCAGAUAUCACCAAACACCAAGAAUUGGAAACUGCUGCCCUCGAGCAUUGCCAGAGAAGUGACAUCCAAAUUCUCGAGACGGAUACCACAGAGUCAAUCACUACCGAGUUUCGAAACAUACAGCACGCAAUUGAAGAAGCAGAGAAAAACUCGAAUAAGACUUUCGAGGAGAUCCAAGAUGAAGUUCUUAAGAGCAAAGCAUUGAAAGAUCAAUGUGAGAAUAGCCUUCUGGAGUUGGAGAGCGCAAGAAUUACAUUGGAGAACGACUUGAAUUCUCGAUUUGAGAACUUGAACAUUACAAUAAAGGAAAAGCUCACAAGAGCAAGACUGUCGUUUGAGCAAUCACUUGCCCUUCGAGGCUUCAAAGGAAACUUGGAAUUUGACUUUGCCAAUAAGAAAGUAAUCACCGAGGUUCAAACCAAGGAUGACAAGGAAAGACGAGCAGUCCUGUCCUUAUCUGGAGGUGAAAAGUCGUUUACACAAAUUGCAUUUUUGCUUAGUAUCUGGAAGGUAAUGAAACCACGAGUAUGUGGAUUGGAUGAAUUUGACGUUUUCAUGGAUUCUGUCAAUAGAACAAUCGCAAUUCGACUUCUAAUCCAUGAGCUUCGAAACUCGAAUGCGCAAUCCAUCUUCAUUACUCCACAGGAUAUUGCGGUGGUGGGCGAUUUGAAAGAUAGCGAAGAUGUUCGAAUUCACCGUAUCAAGGCCCCAAGAAAUGAAUAG